CCAUGCGGCGCUGCGCCCUGCUGACGUUCUUCGCGCUGGGCUACGGCGGCUACCUGCUGCUGGGCGCGCUGGUCAUCUCGGCCGUCGAGCGGCCCUACGAGAGCCGCCUGCGGGCCGAGCUGCGGGAGCUCAAGGCGGCCUUCCUGGCGAGCAGCCCGUGCCUGCCGGAGGCCGCCCUCGAGCGCUUCCUGGGCGCCGUCCUGAGCGCCAACCGCCACGGCGUGGCCCUGCUGCGCAACGCCUCGGCCGCCCCGUCCAACUGGGACUUCGCCUCCGCCUUCUUCUUCUGCAGCACCUUGAUCACCACCGUCGGCUACGGCUACACCACCCCCCUCUCAGAUGCCGGGAAGGCCUUCUGCAUCUUCUACGCGCUGCUGGGGGUGCCCUUCACAAUGCUGCUGCUGACGGCCACCGUGCAGCGCCUUAUUGGAGCGUUGACCUCUGGCCCGCUGGAGUACCUGGCCCUGAAAUGGGGCUACCCCCAGCGGACCCUCUCCUGCGGGCAUCUCCUCUUGCUGGCGGCCGUGGUGCUGGUGGCCUUCUUCCUGGUGCCCGCUGCCAUCUUCAGCACCCUGGAGGACUCCUGGAGCUUCCUUGAUGCCUUCUAUUUCUGCUUCAUCUCCCUUUGCACCAUCGGCCUGGGGGACUACGUCCCGGGAGAGCAGCCAGGGCAGCGCUUCCGCCCUCUCUACAAGAUCUCCGUCACGGUGUACCUGCUGCUGGGCCUGGUGGCCAUCCUGCUGCUGCUCCAGACCUUCUACAAGGCUGCCGAGCUGCACGGCCUCUCCGACCUGGUCUUGCUCCCCCGGGACCCGCCCCAUGAAGACCACCAGCGCAUCCUGGAGGGCCAGGAGCUUCCCGCGGAGCCGGCAGAGAGCGCGCCUGUCCAGCCCCCACUCGGCACUGGGGGGCAACCCAACUACGCCUCCAUCAGCAGAUAG